UGUUGUUGACUUGUUUGUUGUUGUUGUUGGCUAAAGUUUGUGAAUUGUGUGUAUUUCUUGUAAUUAAACUGUUUUGCGAUACCAGAAAAAGGACAAGGCGAGAAGGCCUAGUUAGCCAAGGCUAUAAAGAUAACAAGAUCAAUUGGAGUCGUAUUUGUUUACGCUAAACAAUGAUAACAACCAAACCAUGGAGCGGAGGCACUGACGAGGAGUACGAGACGCAGCAUUUCGGCUUCGGCGCCCAACGUUUCAAAAUUGCAGUCAGGCAAAUGGUGCAACAGAGAAUAUCAACAUGUGUAACGGAUAUGCAAAAUUACUUGCAAGAAGCAUUGAACUUGAACGACACAGACAAAGUGACUUUAACUCAUUCCUGUGCCAAGUUAAUACGAUUAUAUAGUGAGCGUGCUGGUCCGUCACUGGAAACUAUUGACCAGGAAAUUGAAAAGAUCCUUGGAGUGCCCCCCAAUGUUCUGUUGCCAGAAGAUGAGGUGCAGAAAGAGCAGGUAUCUGAUGAAGAAUACAACAAGUUAAAAGAAGAAGUCUCAGAUUUGAGGAAGCGGGUAGAACGGGGCGCUCUCAUGGAGGCCUUGCUUACAGCGGAGGAAGACGAACUAAUAUCUAUAGAGAAAGCUUGUGAAGCAGCUAAGAAGGACUUGGAGGUGUUAGAUGUUCUACACAAGAGUACAGCAAACACAGACACUGUCAAGGAAGUAGUGCGAGAGACCCAAGUGUUGUGUGCGAGUGUGCCGUUCAUGAGGGACGGUAUUGAGGCAGAUGUGUUUGGGAACACCAGCAGGCUCUCAAUGGGUUUCAAAAAAGAUGUGUUUGAUAACUGAACUAUUCAUAUUGGCAGUUAUUCUUUUCUAUCAUGUAGGUAUGAAAUGCAUAAAAUUUUCUUUAUGAAAAAAUUGUUUUCUAUUUUGUGAACAUUACUGUUAUUGUAGCUUGGUCCAGCACCACACUUCUGGGUCCUUUUUUGGUUACUGCAGGUUAGGGACCUAACUUGUAAGUUAGUAAUAAAGUAGACCCUCUUCAGUGCCAUCAUCACCAGAUUCUGUUCUUUUACCAUAUGUUUGUGCAGUACCGUAAAACGGGGUGAAUAGGAAUUCAGGGGUCAAUAGGGAUAUUAUCGAUGAACGAAAUUGAAGCAGAAAAUCUACUAUAAAAUUAAAUGAUAAUGGUCAGAUUUUUUAUGAUUUUUAAAGUAGAAAAUUGAUUUUUGUUGAUAGUAACACUUUUUUGACGUGAAGAUGGUUACAAGUGAGAAAAAAAUACAUCUGAAGUUUGCCAUUCACAAGGUCGAAAUUUUGUUCCUCAGAAACUUUGGAAAAAGAGACGUUAAAUGUUAUUUUUAUUGGAUAAAUCGUACUAAAUUAGAAAAGUAAUUUUGUUUUCUAUCCAAUUUAAAUAAGUUACUGCGAUUUUAUUUAUUAAUUUUAGUUUAAAUUGAAAAUUAAUAAGACCUGGUAAAUUUCUCUAAAAAUGGGGGUAAUAGAGACGCCUACAGGAUAUCAUUGGGACGACUGUGGGGUGAAUUGGGACAAGAGUCCCAUAAACUAGGGACGUAGUUGUAUGAAAAGGGACACUAAAGCACGGAUAGGGAUAGGGACUGAUAGGGUUGUCACUUACCUAUAUCGCCAGUAAGUAUCUGUACUUAUACAAUAAAAUUAUUUCUUUAUUACAUAAUAGUGUGUUAAUAAAUUUUUAUACUUAGGAACAUCCAAGUAGAAAAAAGCUUUUUUCUAGUUCGAUGUUUAGGGACAUUUAGGUACUUUUUGCAGGUAUUUUUUUAAAAUAUAUACCUAAUUUUACAAAAACUGAUUUUAAAGUUUUAACUAGGAAAGCAAUGAAAUAUGUAGAGGUAUAGUGUACAUUUUACUACAUAUUACUAAAAAAAUUAUAUAGGGGUUGUGACAACCAUGACUAUAUUUCUCUAUUGUUCUCAAUACCGUCCCGAUUAACCCCUAUACAUGUAUGAAUAGGGACAUCAUAUAUUUUAUAAAUUUACAUAAAAUUGGCUGACCAUCAAAGAUUUUCGUAUGCAUUUUCAUAAAAUACAGGACAAGACUAAACUUUUAAUAUGGUAAACUAAAAGUUGUUAGUACAAAAUUCAUUAGAAAUUGGCACUCAAAGUUGAAAACCAUCCCCAUUCACCCCAUUUCACGGUAUCGUA